UAUUUAUACGAAGGGCAUUUUAGUAAUAAAACGUGACCUUCGAAUUCUGAGCCGUUAAGAUCGAUCCAACCAAUCUUUUCAUUUUUCCCAGUUUCCCCUGAAGGCUGAAGCUCAAGCACUCUGAAGCCAACCACCAAAACCCCGCUAGGGUUUUUCAUAAUUGGGCGCAAAACAUGGCCUCCACCUCCAUCACGCUCUCAGCGCUCUCAGCGCUCUCAAUCUCACCCUCUACCUCUCAACCCCACAGAAACCCUAGCGCUUCUUCUCCGUCCCUUCCUUGCAAUCUUCCCCCCUACAACCUAUCCACCACUUUUAUGGGCAAAAAGCUCUCAAUUCGAAUUUCGAAUUUAAAUCACUUGGCUUCAAAGCAUAGGACGGCGGUCGCCACGGUCCUGUUCAGCCUUCCAACAGCGAAACCCGAUAGGAAUUCUAAUGGGAAAAGCCCGAAAUGGUCAGCCAGAGCCAUAAAGUCGUUUGCUAUGGCUGAAUUGGAAGCGCGGAAGCUUAAAUAUCCCAAUACUGGGACCGAAGCACUUCUAAUGGGGAUUUUGGUUGAGGGAACAAGCCUAGCUGCAAAGUUUCUUAGAGCUAAUGGAAUUACACUUUUCAAGGUUCGAGAUGAAACUGUAAAUUUACUUGGAAAAUCAGACCUGUACUUUUUCAGCCCUGAGCAUCCUCCAUUGACUGAACCAGCUCAGAGGGCCCUUGACUGGGCUGUUGAUCAGAAGCUAAAAUCAGGAGAAAAUGGGGAAAUAACAGUAACUCAUCUGCUUCUUGGGAUUUGGUCUGAAAAAGAGUCAGCAGGUCACAAGAUCUUGGCAUCCCUAGGUUUUGAUGACGAGAAAGCUAAAGAGCUUUCCAAAUCUAUGGACACAGAUUAUGUUUCUAGCUUUAAAUAAGGAGGCCCAAAAAUUGCUUGGUGGUCAAGCCUUUGCCUAUACAGCCUCCAAAAGAUAUUGCAUGGUGGUCUUUUUCUUCAGGAAGUUAUUCUGCAUAUGGUGUGUUUCAGGAUUCACUAACGAUGCUUCUUCAAUAUAAAUUUGAUAUCCUGGAAUUCAAAAAUUCCAUUCAGCAUUAACCUGCCACCACAAUGGCUCUUACUACCGCUGAGGUUGGAAAGAAAAGAAAAAUGACUGAUGGAUGUAUUCUCUUACUGAUUCACUUGUUUCUCUUUUGUAUUUCUUUUUGUUUUAUUAAUUUUUACCUCCCCUUGUUCCUUAUGUUCAGCAACUUUCCAACAUCAGUUCAGUUGUAUUGACAAUCUUUUUGGGGCACAAUGGAAUUUCUUUUAUAAGAGUUGGAAUAUUCAUGGAA